UGUCCAGACGACAAAUAUGGCCAAGAUGACUCUUUCGUUGUUGUAAACGGUUUAAAGAUUUUGCGUUAGGGAAACGCAAUUUAACUCUCUCUGUACCAAGGGAAUCUCCCUGGCUGAUGUGUAAAGCUGUCUUAUAAACUUGUGGGUGUUUGUCGCGAGCAAGAUGUACAACGCUAGCGUGGUACCUUACAAGCCAAAGAGAGAUAUGGCUGGACCAGCCAUUGACAGUAACAAUGAUAUAGUCCCACCACUAGACUAUUCAUUCUGCAGACUCACCAAGCCCACUGAUGUUUAUGAUGAGACGCCGCGUAUGAACUCACCCAGGAAGGUGAAAACCCAGAAAGCCGAGAGUGGCAAGUCGAACAGCAGGUGCCUGCGUCUGAACAACAACGCUCUGACAGAGAUCGACAGCUUGAUAGAGGUGGCAUCAACCCUGUUUGAGAAGCCCUCAGAUAUAGCUUGGCUUGAUCUCUCUUUUAAUGAACUCACAGCUAUUAAUCCAGCAAUAACAGAGUUAAAAAACCUUCAGAUUCUCUACCUUCAUGGCAACCAGAUUUCUUCCUUGGCUGAGAUUGAGAAACUGAAAUCUCUAACAAAUUUAAGAAAACUCACCCUUCAUGGAAAUGCUGUGGAGAAUGAAGAGAAUUACAGAUACUACGUCUUAUCCAUAUUACCGAAUCUCCAAGAGCUGGACUUCAGUUGUGUGACAAGGAAUGACCGCAGGACAGCUGAGACCUGGCGAAAAAUGGGACAUGCGAAGAAGAAAAAGAACAAGGCUGUUGAAAACUAGUAGUACUACCAGUGGAUAAUAUACACAUUAAUUGGUUGUGACAGACUUUUAGCUUGUCAUCUGAUAGCCUAAUUAUGAUUUUAAAUGUAUAUGUAAUUCAGUUUGUUGAAGCUUAUUAAUCUCCAGUGAGUGCUGAAAUCCAUUCCAGUAUUAUGAUGUUAACACCAGAAUGGGAUCAGUAAUGAAAGUCAUUGAUGAACUGAUAUAUGUAACAUCACAGCUGUUGUGGUUUUUGUCUAGUAUAGUUGGUUACAACUAUGAAGAUGGUCUAAGCAUUUGUUAAUAUAUAAACUCCCUUUGCAGGGAAUAGAAUUUGAUUAUCUGUGAUAUUAUAAGAAUCUCUUCGUACUGAUUCAUGCUGGUCAUAUGCUGCCGUAUUCUCUCUAAUGAUCAUUCUUCUGUCUAUUUUUUUUAUUAUAAAGGAUCAUAGCUACUGUAAAGCUGUGACAAAGGUAGAAUUAUAGUCAGAAUAUAAAUCAAUGCCUUGACUGUGCUAAGAAAUAAUCAUAUAGGUUUUAUUAACCUGGUUAUUGUUUUUUCUUAACGUUUUAUUUUUCACUGCAAUAGUGAAUAUUUCAUUUAAGGCCUCACUCAAUGUUUUUUUUACAUGUACAUAAUAAAUUCAUUAAAAAUUCAAUAAAUGUUUUAUUCACA